UUUAAUUUUCUGUGAUCUAAAUUUUACGUGUGAUAUAUGUACAGAUGUAUGUUAUGUGUAUUAUUUUAUUUUCGUUCGAAUUUUCCGAUAGUAAAUCGCAAUGUAACAUGCCGCGGUAAUAACAAAUAUUUAUAUGUAGUCGACAUUGGAACAUCUGUAACAACACAGUUUAAUUUUGGAUGAUUCGCGUAUUUUUUGACCACGCGUGCCAGAUAGAAUUGGAUAGAAAGUACGGUACCUAAAUUCAUUGGCUUAUUAAUAUAAUUGCAGUAAAGACAGUUAAUCCACUUGUAUCGUGGCUAAUUUAUUGAAACUCGAUGUCAUGUGUUUCGCCGGAGUUGUGUUCUCUGCAAUUUAAUUAUAACUUUUUAUAAAGAGUAAGAUAUAAACGUGAUUAUCGAUGGGAAAGAUUGAGAAAAUUUAACUAUUUAUAAUAUUAUAAAAUAUUAUAAAAUAUUCACGAUUGAAUUGUUUGCAAAAUGUAAUUGAAUGCGUAUUAUAAAUACGACGAUAUUACAGUGAUAUCUAAUAAUGUAUACAUCGCUAAUAAAACAUGAUGAACUUUCUAUUAUCACUGUACAUAACAGCACAGUAUUCGAAAAAAUGAUUUUCAGUGUGUGACUUCCUGGAUUUUAGAAAAUUAUUUAGAAAUUAUAAUAAAAUUUGCCAGUAUACAUCAAAUUGUUCAUAAUCUGCUAAAGCAAUACAAUGCCUGGAAAAAUAAAGGUGAAAAUAUUGGCUGGUCGUAAUUUACCAGUCAUGGAUCGUUCUGGUGAUACAACAGAUGCAUAUGUGGAAUUAAAGUUUGGCACUAUAACAUACAAGACGGAUGUAUGUCGAAAAUCGUUGAAUCCACAAUGGAAUUCAGAAUGGUAUCGAUUUGAAGUUGACGAUGCAGAGUUGCAAGAUGAACCGUUACAAAUUAGACUAAUGGAUCAUGACACGUACUCUGCAAAUGAUGCGAUAGGCAAAGUUUACAUAAAUUUGAAUCCAUUAUUAUUACCUGGUAUGUUGCCUCCAGUAAAAAACAUUUGGACCUUAGAAGCAGCUAUGAACACUAGUGCUGGUUCACAAGGAUCAGUUAUGACUGGAUGGAUACCUGUAUAUGAUACAAUGCAUGGCAUACGUGGCGAAGUAAAUAUUAUUAUUAAAGUGGAGUUGUUCUCUGAUUUUAACAAAUUUAGGCAAUCAUCGUGUGGGGUACAAUUUUUUUACUCACCAAACAUACCAUAUGGAUAUCAUGCACAAAUGAUACAUGGAUUUGUUGAAGAACUUGUAGUCAGCGACGAUCCUGAAUACAAAUGGAUCGAUAAAAUAAGAACACCUAGAGCAUCAAAUGAGGCACGACAGACUUUAUUUUUUAAAUUAAGUGGGGAAGUCCAAAGGAAGAUUGGAGUGAAAGCUUUGGAUCUUGGUGGAAAUGCUGUUAUUGGGUAUCUGCAAAACUUUGAUCUAGAAGGUGAAUCUGGUAUCGUUGCUAGAGGCAUAGGUACAGCAGUGACGCUUGUAAAAUUGCACGAUGUUCUCGGUUUUCCUUGCGACAUCAACAUCGAGGAGAUCGCACUCGCGCUCCCUUCAUACACUAAAACGCAAACGGAACGUUUAGAUGCCGACGACAGUACGCCGUUUAUUCCUAUUUCUAUUCCCGCUUCGUAUCCCGUGCGCAUACCUAUGAACAGGGGUCUUCCAUCCUGCGCGAGAUCUUUAUCAUCACUAACGCGCCCAGAACGCGCAACGAGAAUAUCCGAGACUCCUGGGUGUACCGGGAUGCGAAGGAAACGUGGCAAGCGCAUUCCGUUUUUUCGAUGCAACACUUUGAGUACUUUGAAUCUAAGAACAGGCAUUUCCAGCAGUUCGGAUCUCGCUCCGUCUACGGAACUUAAUCGGAAUUUGAUCGAUGAGACGACGAAAUCCGUACAUACCACACUGAUAGCGGAAGAUGCCACCGUCAAGAAGGAGCCAUCGAAAGAUCAACUCUCCAAACAAAUCAAGCACCUACGCAGUAAAUUUGAUUCCGUCGGUGAAGAGAAUCAUCCUGCCGUGCAGUCCGAUUCUGACGCGGAUCCGACUCGAUCAUUCAUUACGAAUUUUAAGAAACAGAAAAAUCGCAAUGAAACCAAAACUAGCAUAAUGGCUGCCUUACUGAUCGCUUCUAUACGGCAUAUGCCUCUGGAGGAUAUCGAAAGUGAUAAUCCUUCCAUCAACGAACCGUUGAUAACGACAAAUAACGAUGAAGCAAGUAGAAUGUAUUGUAGAGAGAAUUCUCAGGAGAAUACAGACAUCAAGGCUGAAGGACAGCAACAGGAUAACGCAUCGUCCGUGGACGAGACGGAAAUGUCCUCCUUCGGCGACGAUGAUAACUCCUCGGACGACGAAUCGUCGAACAGUACCACCAGUUACAAUAUCUUGGACGAUUCAAGAUACUCGCUCGAUAGUGGCAGAGCGGUGGAUUCGUCCAGUCUUCAGGAGAGGAUUCCUAUUACCGUCCGUUCUAGCGCAGAAAGCUGUACGGAUUCUACCCUGCAAGUAGAUUCGGAUGUAGCAAUGAAUUGUCAAUUGUCGUCGAAUCCGGAUUUAGCAAGCACGGAAGAUAUCGGACUACAAAAUGAAGCGAUUCCUAUAAUUACUGUGGACAUUCACGAGAACGCAAACUCGAACACAUCGAUUGAAUUGUCGAACGACGAAACUUCUAUUACGACUUUGGCAAAGACCGAUAUCCUUGGUCCAAAAGCGAUUUCUUCAUCGGAUGAGCAAGAUUUUGAUAACGCGAAAUGUAAAAGUCAUACCUCCAAAAAAUUCGAAUCGGAGAAAAUUGAUAAUUUGUUACAUGAAGCACGUCGUGUCGAUCAUCUAAUGAUGAAACACGAACGAGAUCUGAGUCGAUCGCAUCCCUACGGCCAAUCGGUGUUACUUGAAGGCUCGUCUCCUGCUGAAAUAGAAGAUCAUAUAAGCACAGAUAGAGAGAGAAAUAAUCCGGCGAUCGAUUUGCCAUGCACGACGACGAGACGUGCUAGCACAUCGAAAGAAGAACUGCACGCGAAGACGAUUAUUGCCAAGAGACAGAGAUGUAUGCGCGAUUUGAUCAAGCUGAUCGAUACGAAAAUGAUGGUAUCCACGAGUGCAAAUCGUCACGGUAAGAGGAUGGUAUCGCUGAGGAGCAAGAGAAAAAAGCGCGAAAAGAAAAUGCAUAAAAGAGUUGCAUAUACGUCAGAAAAUUCGCUUGAAAAGAUUUCUUCGCACGGUACACCCAAGAGAAAACACACGAUGUCGCGCAGACGACGUCGCGAAGAGGACGUUUCUCUUUGCGUUCCUCGCGUCCGCUCGAUUCCCGAUUAUCUCUCUUUGGAUCGGCAGCCGAUCUUUCACGCCAUUUCCCGUUCCUGCGGAUCCUCUCUCGUCAAUUUAACUGACCAUCGUGUCACGCGCGUAUUACGCGGUUCGAAACGAGCCGCUUUACUUUAUUCAGCAACUCCCACGUUCAACGAUUCGCCCGGGAUCUCGAGAAAAUUACCGAAGAGCAGCCUUGACAAAUCCGAUAAGAUAUCCGCGGUAUCUAUCAACGGCGGUACUCGUAAAUGCACUAGCACAAUCUGUAAUUUGGAAAAAGCGUCGUGUCACAUUGAUCGCACUAAGCCCACUAACACGGCUAAUAUAACUCACAACUCGUGUGUGUCCCGUCCUGCUCCCGAUCUUAGGCAGCAAGACGAGGCGUCCAUCAGUCCAUCUUGUCCGCUUCCGGCCACUACCUCGAUGACCGCGAAAAUGUCCCAGUCGCCGGCGACCAGAACCCUUGCCAACGUACCGCUUCAUCGAAGAUCGAGCGAUUCUGAUCUGAGUGUUACUCCUAAAGGUAACUCUCUCGGCAGUAGUGACAGAUCGAUGGCAGGACCCUUAAGGACAGCGGCUGCGAUGGUUAGAUCUAUGAAUCAAGAUACGUUGGAAAUGUUAGAGUAUCCAUUCAUCACGAUGCAAUAUUAUCCACCUGGUUUUAUAUUACAUAUAGGUGGCCUAGUAAGUUCGAGAUCUGUGAAAUUAAUUGAAAGGAUAAGUAAUUUGGAAGAACCAGAGGGCCGUGAUGCAUGGUGGACCGAAAUCAGAAUGGAAGUUAGAUCACACGCGAGAGCGUUAGCUUGUAACGUUGUUAUAGGCUACAAAGAAGAAACUAGUAUAUGUGACGAUGUGUGCGUACUGAGUGCUUCUGGUACAGCGGCGGUCAUAAAUUUUCAUAAUUCUGGUCAGGAUCCGGAUGGCGUCGUUUUGAAUAAACUCCAACAAAGCGUGCCUGCGGCUGCCGUUGAUUCGGACCGUGAGAAAGGCCAGCAAAAAUCAAUAACGGGGAUAACGAAGACGAUGGAGAAGGUCGACAGCGACGUGGCCGCCGUGACUCAUUCGGAACGGCUAAACGGAAAACUGCAUCGACGUUUUUCCGAAAGCACGAACACGAGUAAUGAACACGAGAGCUCGUACGGCCAAUCACAAUUACGAUGCAAUCUGUGCCAUCUUCCUUACAGCGAGAGUAGUGUGCCGUUUAGAGUUAAUGUAUCAAAAUGUGCCAUAUGUAAACGCGCCAAAGUCCCAGAUGUGAUGUUUACCACUAUAGAAGUGCCUGCAAAUAUACCGACAACUGGAAGAGGCUGCUUCAUACAGGCUACCGUAUGCAAGAAUAAGAAGGAUCUGCGGGGCGAAUUGAACGCGAAAGAAAUAUCCGAUUGUCUGCCUUUCUUGGAAUACGAGCUCCACAGUUUAUUGUUGAAUAAACUCAAGAUUAAAGGCAUGAACGCGAUCUUCGGUCUCAAGUUGCAGGUUUGUGUGGGAGAAAGAUUUAUAAUCGGCAUGGCAGUAGGCACCGCGAUUUAUCUCACGGCACUCCCGCCGCCUACUAUUCCGCAAAUAGCGUCCGGCAAUUCGUGGCAUAACGAGGAGCAAUUGGCGGAAAUGCAAAAGUCUAUUGUAGAGACGGUAAAGAAGAAUAGAGAAUUUUAUCGCCUGAAACCAAUUGGAAUCAACGAAGUCGAAAAUGGACGCGUUCCGAAUACUUCCGAUACAGACGAAUCAGACGAGGAUCUACCGGAACUUGACCUUGGAUUGGGUACUCGCGACGCAUGUGUCUUGGAAGUGGACGACAUUGAGGAUAUGGAUCGGAUAUCGUCAUUGAUGGAUAACAGACCGCCUGAUGAUUUUCACGUCGUUAAUACGCAGACGAUACCUGGCCUGGAAGAUUUAGAAAUUGUUAGAAAUUUACAAAUGUUCACACAGGUCUCGAGAGCUAAGAUCCCUUCAGGACAAUUUGCGUCAAUGCCAUCAAAAUAUUUCGCCAGAUUACUUCAGUCUUUGUAUUUUAAAUUAAGGAGAAUGGUUCCUUGCGCUCUGUGUGAUAUGCAAUUUAAAGUAGCGUUACCUGAGCAAGAUGAAAUACAAUUGACUGUUGUUGGUAUGGCGCUUGGAUUAGGAGAACCUUCGAAUAUAAAUAAAUAUAAAAGAAAAAUUAUAUAUCGUUCCCAGAGUAAGGAUCAAGUAAGAAAAUCAGAUGAUAGCGAUAUGAUAUUCAGCCUCGAUGAGGAUCAUCUAGAAAACAAUGCAGCAUCCGACAAUGCAACACGCAUUUGUAUAGGAAAUCCCACAAUCUUGAAUGCUGCCUCUAUACAAAAGCCAAGACCACGCUCACCUUUGCGUUUAAAAUCAUCCACUCAUAGACGUAAACAUGUGCCUUUGAAAGGAAGAUAUGGCGUAGAUAUAACACCUUUAUCAUACCUGCCAGGUGGAAGAAUAGAAAGAUAUCAAGGCAAUCUAAAUUUUUUCUUUAUUCGUGAAAGUACAUCGAUACGAGAGAAUGGUGGACUAAGUGGUUUCACUCACAGUUUUAUGAUGGAAGUUUUGGCGAUUGUUCGUGCGCACAUUACAGCAUUGGGGGGUAAUGCUAUGGUAGCGUUUUUUAUGACUCAAUGUGUACUUCUUCACAGCCCUCACAAAAAUCAAGGUCAAUGCUUGAUUAAUGUAGGUGGCGAUGUUGUAACAGUAUCGUAUUACGCCGAUGAGAAGCAUAGCACCAUUUCAAAUUGCUGACCCCAGCCUCCACAUUCAGCGCCGCCAUAAACGGAUUUGUAUGACAAUUAUUUGAUUAAAGCCAAUAUCAUCAUUAUUACGGGUAGGACAAUUCAUUACUAAAUUUAUUACUAAAUCUGUAAGAUUUUUAAUAUGCUGUGCAAUAAUUAGUCUUAUGAUAUUCUUUCUCAUUGCAAUCAAUAUUGUUAUUUAUUUACUUUAUCAAGAUAUGAAUAUAUAUAUUAUUCUUUUCUUUAUGAAUAGAGAUAACAUAACAUAAUGAAAUAUGCUAAAAGCAUAUUAUCAAUCUAUUAUAGAUUUUAUGAUAUCUAUAAUAUUUAAAUUCUCUAAUAAUUAAUUAAACACAAUUUUAUCUUUUUUUGUUAAUCUCUUUCUCUUUCAUACUAUCUUGCAUAUCAUGUUAUAUACAUGCAAUACAUCUUGUAUAUUA